AUGCGCGUCUCUGCUGCUCUCACCACUGUUUUGCUGUCCUCUCUCGGCAUCCACCUCCACACCGAUGGUGCUAACCACGGCGCCACUGUUCCCUUCCACGACAAGUGCCCGUUCAGCAUCCCAGCUGUUGAUCUGAGCCCCAUCCGCCACAGCCACGACAUCACCUGGGGCAAGGGUGUCAACGGCGGCAACUUCAUCAACCGGAAGACAUUCAAGGCCAACGGUGCCAACCUAGGUGGAUGGUUAGAGAAAGAGCAAACCCACGGCCCUAGUCUGAACAAGUGCGCUUCAGUCUUUGAGGAGCGUUAUGCGUCUUUCAUCAACACCACCACUAUUGACGAGCUUGCCAACGUCGGUGUCAAUACCCUCCGUAUCCCGCUCACAUACGCUGCCUUCAUCGAAAUUCCUGGUUCCCAGCUUCAUCACGGCAACCAGUUGAAAUUACUUAAGACCAUUACCGACUAUGCCACCAACAAGUACAAUAUGCACGUCAUCUUCGGUCUCCAUUCGCUUCCCGGUGGUGUGAACAACCUUGACAUUGGCGAGGCACUCUUCCACCAGGACUGGUUCCAAAACUCCACAAACCUUGACCACUCGUUCCAAGCUGUCGAUGGUGUACUCAACUUCAUCAAGAAUAGUGGUCACAUUAACGCUUUCACGAUUGCACCCAUCAAUGAAGCUUCUGACGACUUUGCUGGUUUCGGAUCUGCUGCUGGUCUGACUACCAAGGGCACUGACUGGAUCAACACCCACUUCGACGGUGUACUUAAGAAGAUUGCUAAGAAUAUUGUCUUCGACUCGCACAUCUACUACUUCGCCGCUGCCGGCACCUACACUGGCUACGUUAACCCCGCUGUAUGUGGCAAAGCCCAGUAUAUCACCCAGGAGACCAAAUUCUCUGUUUUUGUUGGCGAAUGGUCGCUCCAGGCUAUUUACAACAACACCCUGAACACCCGCAAGACCAUAUUCGAUGCUCAGCGCUACGCGUGGAACAAGUACUUGGCCGGUGGUUCUUUCUGGAACGGCGUCUCUUAUGCGACCGCCAAGGUUGAUGGCGACGGUACUCAGCGCGAGUACUGGAGUUACAUUGACUUGAUUCACCAGGGUUUUAUCACCAAGAUCACUAAAAAAUCUUACUGUUAG